UCAGUCAAUGAGGGUAUGUGGGCUCAGUGGUGGACAAAGUUAUGGGGCUAGUCAGGGUUGAAUGGGGCUUAUUCAACUUUGACUUUUACACAUUUUCCAGCACAGUGACCUGCGCUGAGGGUUCUUACGCAUCCCUCAGGCCCCUCCUUCGGAGCGCCCCGCCUCUCCCUCUGCUCCUCUCCCCUUGCCCCAGCCCCUAGGUAGGGGCCUGGCGUGGAUGCUCCAGCUGAAGUGAAUCUGCAUCCGAAGGCUUCCUUCCGGCUCCUGGGCAAGACGGCCCCAGUGAGCUCUGCCUUCACACAUCUCUGCCUUUCCCCAGAAGAGCAGGAAAUGGCUGCAUCCCAGGCAUGUGCAAUUACAGGGACUUCUAACAUUUGAGGACGUCGCUGUGGAUUUCACCCAGGAGGAGUGGCAGUACCUGAACCCUCCACAGAGGACCUUAUACAGAGAUGUGAUGCUGGAGACCUAUAGCAACGUGGUCUCCGUGGGUAAGAAUGGCUCCCUCAGGUAAUUGCGCUGUUUAUUAUUAUUGUGUCUGAUAGAGGGCCUUUCCUUUCUCAAUUUCGGAACUCACAAGUUUCUGAACUGCUUAAAGAGUUUGACAUUGAAUUCCAGAGGUUAAAGUUCCUUUUCCCCCUUUGCUUUCCUGUCAGGGUGUUUGUGAGCUCAAAACCCAGGUGAAAUGGUUUGACUUGCUACUGUGUCAAGUGACAGGUCCCUUGUGCUGUCCCAAACUCCCCCUUCCUCUUUCUCGGAGGCUCUGAAGACCAAGGAGGUAUCGCUGUCAUUUCUCAUUAGCAGGGCAGCAGGUUACCAAACCAGACCUCAUCCUCAAAUUGGAGGUGGAAGAGCCGUGCCCAGCAGAAGGAAAAAUCCCAGUUUGGAGCUUUCCAGAAGAAGCCUGCCAAGUUGAUGAACAGAUUGAGAGACAGCACCAGGAUGAUGAAGAUAAAUGUAUCUUGAUGCAAGUUGGAUUCCCUGAUGAGAAAACAGUUACCACCAAGAGUGACCAUGACUAUAAUGAAUUUGGAAGCACACUUCACCUGAGUACAAACCUUGUCGUUUCAAUACAAAGACCCCAUAAAUAUGAGUCAUUUGGAAAUAAUAUGGUAGAUAAUUUAGACUUAUUUAGUAGAAGCUCUGUAGGAAAGAAACAUGAUAACGGAUGUGCAAAAUUAUUCUUCCAUACUGAGUACGAGAAAACAACUCCUGGAGUGAAACCCUAUGGAUAUAAAGAGUGUGGAAAGGCCCUCAGGCGAAAGAAAGGUCUUAGUCUACAUCAGAGGAUUAAAAAUGGAGAGAAGCCCUUUGAAUGUACUGCAUGUAGGAAAACCUUUAGCAAGAAGUCACACCUCAUUGUACAUUGGAGAACUCAUACGGGAGAGAAACCCUUUGGAUGUACUGAAUGUGGAAAAGCCUUUAGCCAAAAAUCUCAGCUCAUCAUACACCUGAGAACUCAUACAGGAGAGCGACCCUUUGAGUGUCCGGAAUGUGGAAAAGCCUUCAGAGAAAAGUCAACUGUCAUCAUUCAUUACAGGACUCACACAGGAGAGAAACCUUAUGAAUGUAAUGAAUGCGGAAAAGCCUUCACUCAGAAGUCAAACCUCAUUGUCCAUCAGAAAACGCACACAGGAGAGAAGACUUACGAAUGCACUAAAUGUGGGGAAUCUUUCAUACAGAAGCUUGAUCUAAUUAUACAUCAUAGUACUCAUACAGGGAAGAAACCCCAUGAAUGUAAUGAGUGUAAGAAAACUUUCAGUGAUAAGUCAACUCUCAUUAUACAUCAAAGAACUCAUACGGGAGAGAAACCUCAUAAAUGUGCUGAAUGUGGGAAGUCUUUCAAUGAGAAGUCAACCCUCAUUGUGCAUCAGAGAACUCAUACAGGAGAGAAACCCUAUGAAUGUGAUGUGUGUGGAAAAACUUUCACCCAAAAGUCAAACCUCGGUGUACAUCAGAGAACUCAUUCAGGAGAGAAACCUUUUGAAUGUAAUGAAUGUGAGAAAGCGUUCUCUCAGAAAUCCUAUCUCAUGCUACACCAGAGAGGUCAUACAGGGGAGAAGCCCUAUGAGUGCAAUGAAUGUGAAAAAGCAUUUUCCCAGAAAUCAUAUCUCAUUAUACAUCAAAGAACUCAUACAGAAGAAAAACCCUAUAAAUGUAAUGAAUGUGGCAAAGCCUUCAGAGAAAAGUCAAAGCUCAUUAUACACCAGCGAAUUCAUACAGGAGAGAAACCCUAUGAAUGUCCUGUAUGUUGGAAAGCUUUUAGCCAGAAGUCACAGCUCAUAAUACAUCAGAGAACACACACAGGAGAGAAACCCUAUGCAUGCACUGAGUGUGGCAAAGCUUUCAGAGAAAAAUCAACAUUCACAGUACACCAGAGAACUCAUACCGGAGAGAAACCCUAUAAGUGUGCAGAAUGUGGGAAAGCCUUUACCCAAAAAUCAAACCUUAUUGUACAUCAGAGAACACAUACAGGAAAGAAGGCCCAUGGGAAAGGCCACACCCGAAAGUCAAAGCUCAUUGCACACUAGAGAGUAAAUCGACAGUGCCUGUUACAUACACUGAAGGAAAGCUUUGUUGAUUUAAUUAACAUUUUAAAAGUAUGUUCUGACUUCUGGUUUAAAUAUGGGGAGUAAAAUCAGCCUUUUCUUUUCAUCUCAGGCUUCACCCAAAAGCUACAGGGGGAAAAAGCAGCAGAAGUGUAAUCUCUGACAAAAUUAGAAGAGAGCUGAAACCCUGAUGAGAGGGCUGCCAGAGGCAGAGGAACUCAAGUACCAGCACAGGAGACUCAGAACAGAGAGAACUCUCAUGGCUGCAGAUGUGAGACGGGACUGGGAAGGAGUCUUAGCUGGGGUUCAGGCUAUACCCUGAGGGCAAGACUAUACACAUACACAACAGCAGUACCAGAGGGCAUGGGCUGCUGGGAGGUAGGAGGUCUCCUGGACCCAUUUGGGGUCUGAGAAGAGACAGGCAGGGGCUUCGACAAGGAAUCACUCGGACAAGCCGUACUUGCAGAAAGUAGCUUGUGCUCACAGGAGGAGCAGUUGGCGGGGGCUAGGGCAAGAGAAGGGAGUGCUCCUUGUGAAGGACCCUACAGCUGCCCCUGUUUGCUGACGUGGGAGAUGUCAAGUUGAAACGACUACCAAAUGGAAAAAAAAAAUCCCAGUUGUAAGAAAAACUCUGAUCUGCCCAGAAUGCGGCCCCUGUUUCUUCUACCACAUGAACCUCCAGAAAACAUCAAGUCCAGAAAAAACUAUUCAAAGUGGAAUGAUUCCAAAGUAAUCAAAACCAUGAAUGCACAUGGCUUGUGAGCCAGCAGUCCCCCUUCUAGGAAUGUAUAUACUCAUGCAUGUACAGAAUGACGAACACAGAGGGAUUCACUGAUCCACUGUUUAUAAAAACAAAAGGUGGAAAGCUGUCCAAAUGACACCACCAGGGAUCUGGUUCCUGAAAUCCUGGUACAUUCAUACAGCAAACUCCUAGGUAGACAAAAAUGCAUAAAUAUAUAAAGAGAACUUGGACACCAUUUGUGUAGUGAUGUGGGAUGGUCUCCAGCAUACAUUAUUAGGCGAGAAAAGCAAGGUGCAGGAUAAUGAAUAUAAUAUGCUACCAUUUGUAUCUAAAAAGGAGAACCAAUAGUAAGUACAUAGUUGAGUGUAUAUGCACAAACUAUCUGGGGAAGGAUACACGAGAAGCUGGGAACCCUGAAUACCUCUGGGAAAGGGAAGGGGAAGUGGGUGGCUGGGAGGAUGGAAUUGGGAGGGAGACAAUUGUAUACCCUUUGAUAACUUUUGAAAAUUAUAGUAUGUGGAUGUACUACCUUUUCAAUAAAUAAAACUUUUUAA